UUACAUACCCGAUUUGAUCAUCAUCAUCAUCAUAAAUUUUACAUAUCUCUUUCUUUGUAACAUAAUAUUUUUGAAAGAGUGUGUUUCAAUUCCUCUUUGGUCUACCACUACUACUUCCAUUAAUAUCACUCAGAAUACCUCUGCUCUCUCUGAAUUCAUUCCUUUUAAUUAAAGAUUUUUCUUUCAUCAUACAUCAAUCUAUACGAAGAUGAAGAUCUUUGGUUGGAUGCAAAGUAAGCUCAAUGGAAAACAAACUAUUGCUACUAAGAAACCAACCAAUGUGGUUUCUACCAAGAGUCAAAAUUUGCAUGAAGAAUUCAGUGAUUGGCCUAAUGCACUACUAGCAAUCGGUACAUUCGGCACCAAAGAUUCACUAAAACGCGACAACGAGAUCAUAGUCCAUGAUACUCAGGAAGAUGUACAAGAACAAGAAAUUACAUCCUCUUCAUUAGAUGAUCAAUUAGAUUUCACACCAGAAGAAGUUGGAAAAUUACAAAAAGAAUUAACAAAAUUAUUAUCACGUAAACCGGUCGAACAAACGGAAAGUCAACGGAGAAAUGGGAUCAGUACUCUCCCCUUGGAUAAAUUUCUUAAUUGCCCAUCAAGCUUGGAAGUCGAUAGAACCAUAUGUAAUGAGCUUUCAGUUGCUUCCGAUGACAGUAAAGAUGUUAUCGCUGAUCUACGAAGAAGUAUUAGUGUAGUAUUAGGUAGUAAAGCUAAGGAUGUUUGUUUUGAUGGUAACAACAACGGCGCGAUCAAGAAAAAAUCCAUCUCUUUUCUUCUUAAGAAGAUGUUUGUUUGCUCGAGUGGUUUCGCACCUGUUGCUCCAAGCUUACGCGAUCAAAUGCAACUUCCCGAGUCGAGAAUGGAAAAGCUUUUAAGGGCAAUUCUAAACAAAAAGAUCCACCAAAAAGGCUCCAAUGCUGCAACAUCCAACAAGAAAUAUCUCGAGAAUAAUAAUAGUAGACAUAUUUCAGCAAAUAUUCAGAUGGAGUUGGAAUCUCAAUUUUCGGAAACAGAAAGCCAUGGAUCAUCAAAAUGGGAUAAAACUGAUUCCGAAUUUAUAGUUCUGGAAAUAUAAAUCCUACAUCGAUCCAUUUAUCAUUUCGUUAUAUUAUUGCGUAAUUAUUGGUAAUUUGGUAGAUAUAUUGAAGAAUUAACCUGUUGGAGCAUAUGAUUAGGACUACAUACAAAUAUUUGGAAACUUACUACUACACUCUUGUUUGAAGAAACUUCUGUUCGCGUUCAUGCGGCGGCGUUUCUUCUUUUUGCAGACAUUAAUGUCUGUUUGAUCAUGGUUAUUGUUGAGUACAUUUUGUGUUGGUUGCAACACUUUUUCUUUUUCUUUCUCUUUUUCCUUUUCUUUUUUUUUUUUGUUUUUGUAAGGAAUUUUAACGUUUGUAAUAGAAACUAGUCAUA